AUGUCGCUAAUAUUACCUUCAGAUGUUAAAAUAGAAAUAAAAGUAGAAAACAGCUAGGAAAAUUAAGAAAAGUAUGGCAUUUAAUUAAAAAAAUAAAUAGCCAAGUUCAAAAAGUGCAAAAGCAAAACUUUUAAGCAAUAAAACUUUGUUAUCUUUCCUCUUUACGAAAACAGAUACAUUUUCAAUCAUUAGUUUAUAAUUCAUGGAUAUAUCUAAAUUGAGACUUUGUAUAAAGAUUUCAAUAGCGUUGAUGAGCCAGAACUAAUAGUUUUGCAACAUGCCAACACAGGAAUAAGCUCAAUUGUGAAUAAUCAUAAACAAAAGAUGAUAGAGCUUAAUAUCGAUAGCAAAUUUGGCAGUGGUCUAAAAGACUUUUAGUUUUUAGUUGAUUACUUCAACCAAAGCCACGAUGUCAAAUUCAAGUAAUUAGGAGCAGGUUUGUAAGAGUAUCAGAAUUUCGUAAGUUAAAAGAAAUAAUAAUUCUUAUACUAAAAUGGCAAACUAAAAGCUAGAAUCAUUAGUGAAGAAGAAAUUUUAUUAGCCAUUUAAGAUAAUGAUUAAUAUUUAGACAAUUACGUCAAAAAUAAUUAUGAUGAGAAUGAUCUAUUAUUCGUCGUUCAGGCAUUUGCAAACUUUGAAGAGAAUGACAUCUAAAUAAAAAAAUAUAAAGCUUCUUACUCUUUAUUAGAAUUCAUGGGUAUCGACAUUAACAUUCCUUCUUAAUUAAAAGCUUUAUAAUAACUAACUUAAUCUGCGAGACUCUAUGGAGCUGAUAGGAUUGAAGAAAUAAUUAUAAAAUUGAAAUUCUACUCAGAAGCAUAAGAAAAAAUAAUUUUUGAAAAAUAAAUAGUAACAGUAGAUUAAAUAUGCUUAAAAGUAGAAAUACAAGUUGAGUUUGUAAGUUGGCUAGACAAACCAGAAUUUCUUCAAUCGGAUGACGUAGUAGGCUAUAUAUUGAAAAUUCAAUUACAACCUUAAUAAUUAGAUCAACUAAAAUAAAUAAGAGCUAGUAAAUGCAACUAAGUGGCCAGUUAAAUAAAUUCUUAAACCUCAUUUGAAACUGAAGUCUAUUAAGAAAUAUUCAUAGAUAAGUUUUAUUCAAAUAAACCUGAAAUUAUAAAAAGAAAGAGAAAAAAUCUUAACAAAUGA